UCGAAUAAAGUUUUGAUUUUUUUUUUUUUUAACGUUCCCUUUCUUCUUCUUCUUCUUCUUCUUCUUCUUCCUCGCGAAUUCGCCCCAUCUCUCUAUCUCGAUGAGCUCCAGUUCGAAUCCAGCGGCUUGUUAUCCGGUAAAGGAAGAGUUAAGUGAAUUGCAAACUGAAAUUCAAUGUAUGGAGAAUAAGCAACCAUUAGCUGCUUCUUGCUCAUCUGCAUCCGAAGGCAGUGGCUGUUUCUUCCUCAAGUCACCUGAAAUCGCAACUCCUGCCACAUCAUCUCCAACUCCUCGGAGGACUAGUGGGCCUAUGAGACGAGCAAAAGGUGGUUGGACUCCAGAGGAGGAUGAGACCCUUAGACGAGCAGUUGAGAAGUAUAAGGGGAAGAGGUGGAAGAAAAUAGCGGAAUUUUUUCCAGAUAGAACAGAAGUCCAAUGCUUGCACCGGUGGCAGAAAGUUCUUAAUCCAGAACUUGUCAAAGGACCUUGGACUCAAGAGGAGGAUGAUAAAAUCGUUGAACUUGUGAAAAAAUAUGGACCUGCCAAAUGGUCUGUUAUCGCGAAGUCUUUACCAGGUCGUAUCGGGAAACAAUGUCGAGAAAGGUGGCACAAUCAUUUGAAUCCUGAUAUUAGAAAGGAUGCUUGGACCAUAGAAGAAGAAUCAGCUCUCAUGAAUGCUCAUCGAAUAUACGGAAACAAAUGGGCGGAAAUUGCCAAGGUUUUACCCGGAAGAACUGAUAACGCCAUAAAGAACCAUUGGAAUAGUUCUCUGAAGAAAAAAUUAGAGUUCUAUUUAGCAACUGGUAACUUGCCACCGCCAGCAACCAAAUUCAGUGUUCUGAAUGAUAUUGCUGAUGGAGACAGAGAUUCCAAGCAGUCUAGUGCAACUAAACCUUUCAAGGAUUCUGAUUCUGUUGCCCAAACUUCUUCGGGAAAUACAGAUUCAAAUGAAGUUGGAAAAGACCAUAUUGACGCUUCUUCAGCUCUCCUUGAAGAAGUAGCUGCUUCAAGAAGAAUCAGUGUCAAUGAAUAUGCUUGCUCUCCUGUUGAGCACAAGCCUCGGUUGCCUAAUCUGGAACCAAUUUCAGAGGAAGUCAGAAUCAACUCAAGAGCUUAUGUUGAGAGAUCAAUCCAGAGGAAAGAAGAAAAUGGGUUUGGAACUCCAAAGCAUGGGAAUUUGUACUAUAAGUCUCCACUCGACUAUUACUUUCCAUCAGAAGCGGAUCUGCAACGUAUGUAUGGAUCUGAAUGUGGUUGCAGUCCUGAAUCUGCAACACCAGUCAGCUUAAUCACUCCACCGUGUAACAAAGACAGUGGUUUAGCUGCAACAAGAAGUCCUGAAUCUUUCUUGAGAGAAGCUGCUAGAACUUUUCCAAACACACCUUCUAUUUUUAGGAAAAGACGAAAAGUUGUUUUGGCUGCAAAAACAGAUGAUGAUGCUGUUGUUAAUGUUGGAGUUAAGGAAGCUGAACAAAAAGAAGAAAGUAAAGAUAGCUCAGAUAUUUCUCCAGCAGGGAGAGAAAGUUUGUUACUGGAGACAACUGAUGAUUGUAGGGAUGAUGAAAAACUGGAGUCUAAUGGGAAUGUUAUCAACGUGUCUCCACCGUAUCGGUUAAGGGCUAAAAGAACAGCUGGAAUGAAAUCAAGACAGCUUGAGUUUACAUCUGCAAAAGAGAAUCAGCCAGAUAAUGAAACCGAAACAUCUGAGUUAGCAUCUGAGGAAGACAAGCCUCUAUAGAACCCUUCUUCUCUUUAUGGAAAAAUCUUUUUGAUCUUGUGCAUACAGAGCUGGAUAGCUUACAAAACUAGAUCAUGUGGAGAAACCAACAAGGUUCCAGAAGAAUUGAAGCUUUGCUGGGAAGAAUAAUGUGAUGAAAAAUCAUUUUCAUUCUCUUCCUCACAGCCCCAAGCUGUUGGGUCAUCUAACACAGGAACUAGGAUGAAUAGGUAGGUACACUCGAAGUAGUUUAAUUUUAUUGUUUACUCAUACAUGGUGGGAAACGAUCUUUGUUUAGAUGAUAAUUGUGCAGAAACUAGUUUAAGAAAUUAAAAUUGGUUAUAUUCUUUCAUUUAGAAUUGGUCGAUAAAUCUUCUUUUUACA